AAAUUAAAAAAAAAAACACUCAGUCGCCAUAUUGUUUUUAUAGCGAUCGUGCUCCGUGCUGGGGUGUAAACAAAUUUACUAAGUUUUAGUUAUUUUCAGUUCGUUCCGAUGGAUAUCAUGAAUCCCGUAUAAUUCAUGGACACGUAGACAUGAAAAAACAGGAAGUGCCAUAACCAACAACUUUAUUAUCUGGACGUUAACAUGCUAGAAUCACGAUUUGUGUUUUUGUUUUUAGUUGUUUAUUCAUCUCAAUAUGUUUCUGCUUCGGGGCCGCUGUGUGUUAACCAGACACAGAAGUGUACAACUCAGGUUCUUAGUCAAAGAAACAAUGACUACGCCUCCUGCACCGUAGAGUACUUCAACCGAGAGGGCUGCAACAGCAUGAGCUUCGGUCCGAUCACAUCCAACGCCCACAUCGGUGGUGUGAUGCUGAAGCCGCACAUCUUGAGGAGAGAGAUCAAACAGGGCUUGCUGAACUACAACCAAAGCUACACUGUGCUCAAUAUUACGUUCAGCAAUAUUAAAUGGAAAACAAUCAAAUUCCGUUUUGAAGAGCAAAGCAAGAAACCAUUUAAACAGACCCACUGCAGAAACAUUGUGCUGUCUAACGAAGCCCACAUAGAUGACCAGUCGGUGCUCUACUAUGACUGUUACUGGCCUGACAGCAUCGACAGUGUGGGACGCUCACAUAUACUGGACUUUGAGGCUUCAGACGACAAUGUGGUUAAUCGGGGACAGUAUUACUUCAAUGUUCCAUCGGCGCAAAUGCUGAGCAACACUGUCAAUGCAUCGAACUGGAAACCAUUUGUCUACCUCGAGAUACUCUCCGGCAAAAUACGCCUCCACAUAAUGGCUCCACCGAAUCAAGUGAAGAUCUCCUCCUACCGCAUUCAAGUCCUCAAUGAAUGCAAUGGAAAGAAGCAUAACAUAGUGAAAUGCAAAGUGCUACAGCUACAGAACUACACCGAUGAAGUGACCUAUGAUUAUAGCUUGUUGGGGACCCCGGGGUCUUACUACUUUGUUGUGACCCCACAACAUGAUGGGUGCAAGGAUGGAGUGAGGAAGUGCCAGGUCGUAGAGAGUCCCAGGUUCAAAAUCAGCAACAACAUGCAAAGCUUCAAUAUCUGCAUAGCCAGCAUCUCGGCCCUGAUCGUGGCAACUCUGUUCGCCUACUACAUAGUCCUGCGGGUGCUUCGGCGCUAUUGGUGCAGAGACUACAAGCUUGCUAUGGCUCAAGAGAUACCAGCCCCAACGAAAGUUCUAGUGAUCUACUCGCCGGCCAACCGUCUCCACGCCGAAUGCGUGUCCUCAUUCGUGACCUAUCUCCGCGCUGAGUUCGGCUUUGAGAUCAUGUACGACGGCGACAUAUCCUCCACCUCCGACCAGGACCCUUACAUCUGGGCCGCUGAGGCCUUCAAAAUAUCCACACAUGUCAUGUACAUCGUCGGCCCCGCGGACUUAACCAACCAAUACAACAAUAUCUACGAAAAACCCAUUCUUAGCGCACAUAAAAACUUGGACACCCUCCAACUUUCACUGCUCAAAGCGAACAGGGGAUCUAAAAACCAGAAAGCUGUCAUCAAUGUGAUCUUUGAAUACUCUAACGGACCUAUACCGAUGGAAACUAAGCAUGGAAAGACGUUCUAUCUACUAAAGGAAUGGAACAAGCUGAUUUCUUAUUUGUCACAGAAUUUGCUGCCAAAGAAACAGCUGGUGCGAACGGAGAAAGGCAGAUGUUUGCUGGAGGAUCUGACCAAGGCUAAGAAAUUGCUGAAUAGCAGUAAUUUUAAUGUGUAAAUUGUUGGUUACGGGACGUAUUAGGAAAGAUAUUGGAUGUAAAUCAGAAGAUAUAGGAUACAGGUAUGUGCAAUGAAGAUUUAGGUUAACAAUAUCGCGUAGUUAUGGUUAAAACCAAGAACGGUAACCAUCUUAUGAAACGAUUUAUUUUAUUGGUGACAAAAAAUUAAAAUAACACACAGAUUAUCUAUUAUGGCUAAGGUUCCUAGUUUUGACUAGAACUGAAUCGCGAAGGUGUUAUAUCGUUAGGAUCAGUGGUUUAGAUGUGAAAUUCGAUUCUCAGGCAGGCCUGAAGGAAAAAUUGGUUUUUCAAUAUUAUAAAACUUAGUUUUUCGUGCUAGUUAGUUAUUAGUUAUUCUGUUGUUCGUUGCCAUAUUUUCUUGUGUCACGAAAAUGAAAUAUUGAAAUAUAAAAAAAUAUAUACUAAUCUAGCACGAAUAACUUUGUUUUCAUUAUCUUGUUUGUACUAAGGUGGGAUGCGAAGUUAUCGAAUGUUUCAAGGAAAAAUUGAUAUUUAUUGUCUUUUGUGUCUAAUUGUAUUGAUGUUAUGAACAUUUUCUAUUCGGUAUUGGGGCACUAGUAUUUGGCAUAAUACAUAUCACUAUCAUUGUUAUCACCUUCAUUCAUUACUAUUAAGCACUCACUUCUUACCGUUAGUCAAAUUUAAAUAUGGUAACUUCAUAUCAUACUCAUAUUUAAAUUUUACUGUAAUAUAUUUAAUAGACGAAGUUAAAGUAACAAUUGCAGUUAAUCAAUCAACGCUUUUGCUUUUAGAAAUAAAAAUAAUUGAUAUCACCUGCGCUCCAAUACCCAAAAAAAAAAGAGAGAAAAUUAUGUGUUAGGGUGAUAUUAUUAUGUGAUUGUUGUUUAUAAUUGUUGUAAAUUCUUCAAAUCCCAGUUUUCAAACAUACCGCUUUUCUUAAGUUACUUAUUGAUAGAUAUUUUUUAAAUAAAUGAACAAUUAGUAGUACAUAAAUGAUCAAUAUGCUCCCUACCUAACAUAUUUGUGUACCUAAUAUAAGAAUAAAAAAAAAAUGUUUGCUCCUAUUUAAUAUAAUUAAUGUGGGUAUAUUAAUUGGGGCAGUAUUUUUUUAUAAACACAUAGUUUAUAAAAAAAUACUGCCAAGGUUCCUUAUAUUUUUGAUUUAUCCCACACGAGACCCUAUAUGUCGAUUUUAAUAUCAAAAGCUUGACACAACUAAAAAUAUAUUUGAUUUUCCUUCAUACUUUUCAGGUUUAGUACUGUUUGUCACUCUUUUAUCUCGUUCGCACUCGUGCUAGCAUCAUUGUGAACCAUUUCGUUCAGUCUGUUUUCUGUUUCACUCAUGUCUAGCGCUCACCACUCUUAACGAGUGUGAUGUGCAUUGAAUGUGUUUAUUAAGUACCUAUAUCGAUAAAACUCAAUUCUACUUUCUGUAUUGUCCGCACUUAAAUCAUAAUACGUAAUUGCGCAUACAAAUUUGCCAAUCAAUAUUCUAGCUAAGGGUGGUAUUCCAUCUGUGCAAUAUAUUUGUCCAAUAUGUAUUUGCGUCUCACAUUUUGCUUAGUGAGAGAGUCGAGCGCAAUGCACAUUGGACCAAGAAUGUGGACAGAUGGAAUACCAAUCUUAUGACAUUAAAAUAACUGUUAUUUUCCCUUGUCAAACAAAGCGGUAUGUGUCUCUAUCAUUGUAUCUUGACUUGUUGAUCUCAAUUCCAAAACUGUUGGAGUAACGUGUUCUAUAUCUUUAUACAAGACUUUCAAUUAAGCUCAAUAUAUACCUUUGUGAUGUAUUUUUAUAAUAUAGAAUCGUAUUAUUAUAA